AUGAGUCCCGCAAUUAUCGAAAAAAAUAAUCUCCGUGUUCAGGCUCCCCCUUUUUCCAGCUCAGAAGCCGAUAAAGCCAGCGCUAAGAAUAUUGCCAUCUCACAGCUCCACGACUUCCUUUCAGGAGGACUUCCAGAUAUCUUUCGGUGGAGCCUAAGCCGCCCACCGACUACAGAGGAGCUUAACGGUAAUUUAUGCAGUCUCUUCAAUGCCAUGUUUGUUCAUUUCCGAAAGACUUUGCCAGAAAGUGAGCCUUCGCCCGACUGUUUCAUUUUCACGGAGCCUGGGAAGCCCAGUGUGACAUUUGACGACCUCUGCAGUCGAAUUAGUCAUUUUACUCAAAUUUUGGCCCAGGGAGGACCAUUCAAGGGCAAAAACAGUGGCAGUAACAGUGCGUCGAGGCCAUUGAGUAAAGGCGACAAAGUCUUAAUCCUCUCUUCUCUUGGAGUCGAUUUCUUUGUGGGUUCAAUCGCCUGCUUGUCUCUUGGGGCAACUCUGGUCUUGUUAGAUCCAUUCAUGGAAAGAGCAAAGAUGAAUAUCUGUAUCGAAUCCGUCCUACCUAUUACACACAUCGUCACCAAUAUGAAGCUAACAGCGUUCAAGAAGUGGGUACUUUCAAGAGCCGUGCCCUCGCUCAAAAAAAUACAAAAUAUUGUAGAAAUUCCUACCAACGUUGACAAGAGAGAUUUAGCCGCUGCACCAAAGUCUAUUCCUAUCAUAUCUGUCCCUGGAGAGACUACCGCGUUGCUCUCUUUCACUACAGGGUCGACAGGCAACCCUAAACCCAUCCGACGGUCUCAUGACUAUCUCCGCGCUCAGACCAUUGCAGUCUUCUGUCAAAAGGAAAUCAAGGCCACAGCAGCAGGGUCCCUCACUGCUAUCCCAGCCAAGCAAUCGAGUGGCUCUGUAGCAACAAGCUCAAUAUCGACGCAGACUGCGCUUGCGUCUGCACACAAACCUGUCAAGGCAGUGACAAACCUACCUGUAUUUAUUUUCGGUCAGAUCAUGCUUGGUUAUACAACAUUAAUUCCUGACAACUUCAAUCCUGCGGGGAUCAAUCCUGGCCCUUUGCUCCAAGCUAUGAUCCGUCACAAUAUUCAAGUUGCUUUUGGCUCGCCAGCUUUCUUCAUCCGCAUACUAGAGCAUUUGGAGCAGACUGGUGGCGUAGACCAGCAUGGCAAGUUCUUAACUCCACUACCUGUUCGGGUCCUCUGUCUUGGAGGCGCACCUGUCUUCUCCUCGGAGUUGGAUAUCAUGCGCAGAGGUAUCAAAGGGUCUGCCUUCAUCUUUUAUGGCUCUAGCGAAGCUGAGCCAAUUUCCAAGAUCCGCGUUGAAGAACGAAUCCUUUUAGAAUCUAGCCCCACUAAUACUAAGGCCUUAUCCUUCUCACAAAAAAUCAAGGAUUCCUACAACAUAUCAAGUUUUGAAACGUCUUCUAUCUCUGGUUCAGACUCAGGCUUCGAAGGGGGGAAUGCUAAUGCCAUCUGUGUGGGCCAUGUUGACCUUGAUGGUGGGUUCUCUCAUACCGCCAUUGCUUGCCUCGAUGGUGAGGAGGUUGAUGGACGACAGUUUCUGGAGCUCGGUCAUAUCGGAGAAAUAGUUGUCUCUGGCCCUCAUGUCCAUAUCACUACCACUUCGGACAACAAUCGCAUCAUUCAUGAGCUCCCUUCAGAAGCCAAUGGAGGCAAGGAUAUGAUUUGGCUUCGAACUGGUGACUGCGGCUACUUAGAUGAGGCUCAUCGACUAUGGUUAGUUGGGAGAGCAUCAUGGGUCGUGAAGGAGAAUCGGGACGAGGGCGGCCUGCACUCAUUUCGCUAUUGGCCCAUUUCCAUUGAGCGUUCC